AAUUGAUGCGGCCAGUCUUAUUGGCUUUACGCACUGGACACUGUCCGUGCAGUGUUCUAUAUUUGAAAUUAGAAUACCAAGUUUGUCUAUAGCAUUAAAAAUGAAUAGAAGUUAAACAAAAGAGUAUUUUAAAGUGAAAUUAAAAAAGUAGUUUAGUUAGUGGUCUAAUUAGUGUUUAUCGUUAGGAAAUGAACCCUUAGAAAUGUUUGAUGUGGUUUUUUAUCAAGUGAUUUAGUUAUAAACUGCUACCAUAAUAAGAAUUAACUAAAUAAACUGAAUGUGAAAGACACUGAAAGUAUUUACGUAAACCGGUUCGCAAUGAAGUUGCCCUCUUUCUUAGAAAACAUACCGGGGCUCGGGUACAGCAAGCCCACGACACUGGUGACGAGACAUGAAGACUACACGGUGGGAGAAACGACUGGAGGCCUAAGUGUCCUGUUCACAAUACUAUGCAUAGUGGACCUGUUUGGAGUAUUCCCCGUGAUAACCCUGCCUAAAAGUGUUAUAUCUUGUGGUAUAUACGGAUUACCACUGGUUUUGUCCGUCUUUGGCUUGCAGCUGUACACGGCAGUUUUACUUGGCAAGAGCUGGUUACUCGCACAGAAGAUCACCCCAGACAUUAAAGAAAAGAAUAGAUUUCCAUAUGCGGCGGUAGCAGAGCUAGCAUUUGGCGCGCCAGCAAAGAGGCUGGUAACCUUCCUCAUUGAUGCUGCCGUCUUCGGUUCAGGAGUUCCUAAUUUCAUUAUCGCUUCACAGACGCUGCAGAUAUUCUGGUGGAAGAUAUCUGGCGGUGAGAUCGGCAUCACGUAUUGUGUCUGGAUGGUCAUCCUGGGCUUGUUGCUCUGCCCUGUCAUGUGGCUGGGCUCGCCCAAAGAUAUGAAAUCAAUAGCGAUAACUUCAGUGAUAAUUGUAACCACAGUGGCAAUAACUACGUGGACUUGUAUCCUGCGAGACGACACCUCCCCAAUGCCAAUGUCUAACGUGGUAGACUUACAACCGCAACUACAGGACUUCCUAAUAGCAUACGGCAUACUCGCAUUUCAGUUUGACAUCCACCCAAUGUUGUUGACGCUGCAAGUGGAUAUGAAGGACAGUAAGAAGAUCAAUGCUGCAGUGCUGGGGGGUUUCGGGAUCACUGGCUGCAUGUUCGCGAUCACCACCGUCCUCUCCGCCUUCCGAUAUGGAACAGAUCUUGACAACAAUAUAUUGCAGAGUAUUCCGUCCUCAAUACCGCUGUAUCUGAUGUCACUGCUGGUGACUCUUCAGCUGUGCCUGUCAAGCGCUGUCAGUCACUCGGCGCUGUUCCAACAUAUUGAAGACUUAAUGAAGAUUCCUAGAGAUUUCUGCUUUCAACGCUGCCUAAUAAGAUCGAGUAUCGUAGCUUUAGCAGUAAUUCUAGCAGAAUCAGUGCCUCGAUUCGAUUUAGUGAUGGGUCUCGUAGGUUCCACACUCACCGGUCCGUUAAUGUUCAUCUGUCCUCCCGUAUUCUUCCUCAAACUAUGCUACAUGAAGUCCAAAAUUUCUCCAAAACAUAAUCCUUUUCAUAAAAUACUAGAGAAACAAAACGGAGCUCAAAAUGGUAGCUCACAAAAUGGCGACACUAAAGGUGACAGUUUACAAAAUGGCGACAGUAAAAAUGACAGUUCUCAAGAUUUUCAAAAUGGCGAUCUGUCAAAAAGCCCGCUAAUUUCUGUGGGGUCAUCGACCAAGUACAAAACGUUCACAGAUUAUGCUAUAGAAAUAAUGAAGGAAGAGGAUGAAUACGCUAUCAAAUGGUACGAUGUUGUUUUAGCUUUAAUUGUGAUGACGAUUGGCAUUGUAGCGACAAUAGUAGCGACUUAUUCGAGUUGGGCGAACUCCAUAGCUUAUGCCACAUUUAGUCCACCAUGUUUGAUGAACGCUACAGAAGCUGCCAGAAGCUUUUUGCAGUUACCUAUGGCUGUAUGAAAAUCAAUAAAGACUACGACGAUAAAGAAGUAUUGAAAUUUUCACUUCUCCAGUAUUUUGGUCAUAUUUUUUUUCCAUUGAUAAGUAAAAUAUUGAAGAAUAACAAGUUGCCAUUUUAAUCAUGAGUCUCGCUAAUAAAUGAAAUUUUGAGAUACUACCACUGAGGUAUAAGGUUAUAUUAGAAAUGGUUUGACAUUAGCGAAUAUUCUAUUGGUCUAUAAUCUAUAGUAGCACAUUGAGUCGCACGGAAGCCAUUAUUGUUUACGAAUAAAUAAAAUUAAAAUGUGUUUAGUACGUGUAAUCAAAAUACACAUCAUCUAAAGCAAGAUUUAAGUAAACAGUUUUGCGUCAAUUACUUGUAAAUAGUAAGUAAGAACGAGGUACAAUACUCAUUAGAAUAAAUUGAAAAAAUAAAAACGACUUAAUAAAUUGAA